AUGGCGACCAUGACGAGCUUGAUCGGUCUCAUCAACAAGAUCCAACGCGCCUGCACGGUGCUCGGCGACCACGGCGGCGAGGGAAUGUCCCUGUGGGAGGCGCUUCCCACCGUCGCGGUGGUUGGAGAGUUCAGGGAAAUCGUCAGUGUUGGAAAGUGUCGUGGGAAGGGAUUUUCUGCCACGUGGAUCUGGCCACUAGUGCUGCAACUUCACAAGACAGAAGAUGGGCAACAGGAAUAUGCUGAGUUUCUUCAUGCACCAAGAAGGAGAUUCACUGACUUUGCUUCUGUGAGACAAGAAAUUUCAGAUGAAACAGAUCGUAUAACUGGGAAGACAAAGGCAAUUUCAAACGUUCCAAUUCAACUAAGCGUAUAUUCUCCGAAUGUUGUAAACUUAACCCUCAUCGACCUUCCUGGGUUGACAAAGGUUGCUGUAGAGGGUCAAUCAGACACCAUUGUUCAAGAUAUUGAGAACAUGGUCCGUUCUUAUAUUGAGAAGCCCAAUUGUAUUAUACUGGCCAUCUCUCCCGCAAACCAAGAUAUUGCAACUUCAGAUGCAAUAAAAAUUGCAAGAGAAGUUGAUCCUUCAGGUGAAAGGACAUUUGGGGUGUUGACAAAACUUGAUCUUAUGGAUAAAGGAACUAAUGCGGUUGAGGUUCUCGAAGGAAGGCAAUACAGGCUGCAGCAUCCUUGGGUUGGAAUUGUCAAUCGUUCACAAGCUGAUAUUAAUAAAAAUGUUGACAUGAUUGUUGCUCGCAAGAAGGAGCGUGAAUAUUUCGAGACUAGCCCCGAAUAUGGACAUUUGGCACAUAAAAUGGGUGCAGAAUAUCUAGCCAGACUUCUAUCCCAACAUUUGGAGCAUGUUAUUAGGCAGAAGAUACCCAGUAUCAUUGCCUUGAUAAAUAAAGCCAUUGACGAGCUUAAUGCAGAGUUGGACCGAAUUGGCAGGCCAAUAGCUGUGGAUUCAGGGGCCAAGUUAUACACUAUUUUACAGAUGUGUCGGGCAUUUGACAAAGUAUUUAAAGAACACCUGGAUGGAGGCCGUCCUGGUGGGGACCGUAUAUAUGGUGUUUUUGACCACCAAUUACCAGCGGCUUUAAAAAAGCUCCCAUUUAAUCGUCAUCUUUCCGUAAAGAAUGUCGAACGAAUAGUUACAGAAGCGGAUGGUUAUCAGCCACAUCUAAUUGCUCCAGAACAAGGCUACAGAAGACUUAUUGAGGGAUCUAUCGGCUAUUUCAAAGGCCCAGCUGAAGCCUCAGUGGAUGCUGUAACCUUCUUGACUUUAUUCCUUGAUAGUUUUCAUAUGUUCCACCCUAUCAACCCAAACCCAGGUGACCCACCAAUUUCCAAGCUGGUCCACCUAAUUCUGAAGGAACUUGUACGGAAGUCAAUCGCUGCAACUGAGGAAUUGAAGAGGUUUCCAACCCUUCAAGCUGAUAUAGCUGCUGCUGCAAAUGAUGCUUUGGAACGAUUCCGAGAAGAAAGUAGGAGGACUGUGACCCGGUUGGUGGAUAUGGAGUCUGGCUAUCUAACGGUAGAAUUUUUUCGGAAGAUGCAUCUUGAACCAGAAAAAAAUUCAGAUCCAAAGAACCCAAAUCGGAGUACUUCUAAUACCAAUGUGGAUUACACAGAUAAUCACCUCAGUAAAAUUGGGUCAAAUGUUAAUGGUUAUAUCAACAUGGUUUGUGAGACGCUCAAACAUUCUAUACCAAAAGCCGUGGUUCAUUGUCAAGUUAGAGAGGCAAAGAGAUCAUUACUAAACCAGUUUUAUGUUCAAGUUGGGAAAAGGGAGAAGGAUCAAUUGGGGGCGUUGUUGGAUGAAGACCCUGCACUUAUGGAAAAGAGAACACAACUAGCUAAAAGGCUUGAAUUGUACAAGCAAGCUAUGGAUGAUAUUAACUCUGUGGCUUGGAAAGAAUGA